CAACUGUCUCCAACAAUUUGUCCAGCUGAUUGCAGUCAUUCCUUCACGUAGCCAGUUCCAUGUUUCCUGUGUAGCGUCUCUUCAGCUUCUUACAGUCAUUCGACAUCAAUUUCGACGCGAACGCCAGUGCGGGAGUGCUAACAUUUCACGAGCUUGGCUGAGACAGCUCACGACAGAAUACGAGAGCAUCGAUACGCCUGAAAGCCACGUUCACAUUGGCUCGCCCUCCUCGCCUUCCAGGGCUUUCUGGCUGGGUCCAGCUCGUCAAGAAGAAUCUUCCAUCUUGGCUGCCAGAGUCGCAACUGCCAGCCAGGCCAACGACUGGGCCCAGGCCACAGUCUGCCUCAUGGGCAGAUAGGAAACCAGACAUGGCUGCUCAGGAAGAAAAUGGGAGAAGCUACCUGAGCAAGUUGUCUCCAUGGACACGAAGCCCCAUCACAGCCCCAAGCAAAGGCAAGGAUGGGGAGCCUGAGCCAGCGCCAUUGCAGCAACAGAAGGGAGCCGACCAUGUGAUAAGCAAUAGGCAUAGGUUGAGCUUGAGGAAAUAUCCGCGAGACUGCCCGCGACUUCGACCGCAAUGGUUCCAUGCUGUAGACGUACCGAAGCGAAGACCGACUCCCGGUGGUGUGGUUCCGGAUGAGAAGCCGCCCGGAGUGCCCAAGAAAUACGCUGCCUUUUCAACCACGGAUUCGAAGUCGAUCGAGGCGGCUUUCCAAAAGUUGCUAGUAGAUGAAGAUGCAGAAGACAAAUUGAAAGAGCAUGGAGGGGACAUGGGACAAGCGCGAUCAGAUGAGAAGCCAAAUGCUAGCCUCCGAGAGCGUAAAUCUAGCAAGAAUGGUAUCAAAGUGCCUGUGAACGAAGACUAUCUCUUCGAUGUCGACGUUGAAAGGCGCGAACUGGCUCCCGCGUAUUGGCACGGACCUGUGUAUGAUGUUCGGAGAGGGACGUGGUUCUUCCAAGAAGGUAACGCGCAAAGGCCCUGUGAUGAAAAUCUAUCAGCACAGCUUGAGGAAGGAUACCUGAAAGUCAAAGCCUGGAGGCUGCCUCCUCCGCAAUCGAAGGAAACACCAACAAAGCCGCGUUCGGCCUCGCAGCCUCGAUCGCGACCGUCAUCUUGGACUCCGGGACAGGAUAUCACUUCACUCGCAGAGCAGACUGGCCCGGCGACAGGUUCAGGUACAGAACUGCGCAAGAAGGCAGUAGAGGAUUCCGCUAGUAAGACUCAGGAUUUGGCUCGAGAUGAGCACCCCCAGAACACAUAUCGCUUGUUCGGAUCACACAUGAAUAGUGUGGUGACCUACCAAGAUGGCACCACAGCAUGGUUAUUGACUGAUGAUUGGAUGACUCGAAUGAAUUACAAUGUAUAUCAACGCUUCACGUCUGGCUUUGCUGGCAUCAAAGUCACGCGUGGUUGGAUCGACCCUGAUCAGAAGAAGGACAGCAAAGAUGAGAAGACUGCAAAGACUGCGGAGAGCAAAUCGAAGGACCUCAAGGAUGAGAGCAAAGGUGAAGAUGUGGAAGAAAGCAAGGCUGAGCGCGUAAGUACGUCAGAGAAUAUGCGCCAGAGUCUACAGCGCCAGAUGUCUGCUCUGAUGGAAGACCCAACCCACGGCGAAGAUCGCGCAAAGCAAGAAGAAGAAGCACGGAAGCGUGACGAGCGAGAAAUCGAGGAUGAUUACCGCGAAAUCGAGGGAGACAAACAAGGGCGAGAGAUUGAGCACUUGAUCCUGGUCACACACGGCAUUGGCCAGCGUCUUGGUCUUCGUCUGGAAAGUGUGAAUUUCGUUCACGACGUGAACACACUGCGAAAAACACUGAAAGCAGUGUAUGCUGAAUCACCGGACCUCCGCGCGCUGAAUGCCGAACUGGAUGAUGCUGAAACCGUCAACAGUCGAGUUCAGGUCUUGCCAAUCUGUUGGAGACAUCUGCUUGAUUUCCCCAGGCAAAGUCUUCGGCAUAAUCGCAAAGAGCACGAUCUUGGUGACACUGAUAUAGACGAAGAAGACUAUCCCAGCCUUGAGGACAUCACCGUCGACGGGGUUCCUGCUGUUCGGAACCUGAUCACUGACCUCGCUCUCGACAUCUUGUUGUACGAUUCUCCUGCUUACAAAGAUCAUAUCUCAGGCUUGGUCUUGAGUGAGCUCAACAGGAUAUAUCACCUGUUCAUGGAGCGUAAUCCCAAGUUCAACGGCAAGGUCUCGCUGGUUGGGCAUUCACUUGGCAGUGCGAUCAUGUUCGAUAUCCUGUGCCGGCAAGAUCAACAACCGAAACAAAGAGGUGAGCCGACUUUCAAACUCGAUUUCCCUGUCGAAGACUUCUACGCUCUUGGUUCGCCAAUUGGUCUCUUUCAAAUGCUCGGCGGUCGUACUAUAUCCGCCAGGCACUCCAAGGAUAAGCGUGAUCGCGACGGAGGCAGUCUCGGCAGCAUGGACGACCCGAUGUUGGCUGCUCCGCCUAAGAAGCAGAGAGACUUGACUCCUACGCAUGUACAAGGCGAGAAUCCUGUGGCACGACCCAAGUGUGGGCAGAUCUUCAACAUCUUCCAUCCUACAGAUCCAAUUUCUUAUCGGCUUGAGCCUUUGAUCUCGCCUGCCAUGGCUGCACUCAAGCCGCAGCCGCUUCCAUAUACUAAGCGAGGAAUCUUUGGAGCGCCUGUGGGACAAGGCUUGACGGGGAUAGGGUCCCGCGUCAGCCAGAGUGUGAGCAGCAUGUGGACAUCUGUCGCAUCAAGUCUACUAACGCGAGGCCUCGGAUACGGAGAAGAACCGACGAGAGCAGGUGUGGCAGCGGUGAAGAGCAACGUGCCGCUGUCAAAGGGAAGUGGAACCAACAACCCUGGCAUAUCGAGCGGUGCCGGUACGAAUGUUGCAGCAGGCGUGAUACCUACUGCGCCAUUGCCCGCCAAAGGCACAGAGGUGAAGCCCAUCGGCACAGACAAAGUGAACCAAGUCGCUGCAGACGCUCAAGCAUCACACGAUCAAAAGCUUCAUCCUCCUACGCUUAUCGACAACGAGAUAACUACACUCUACGGCGACUUUGAAAAACGCCGCAAAUCUACUCAGAGCGACGCAGAAACUCGAGAUCUUGGAGCAGGCUCUACAAGGGAUACUCCAGAGUGGGCCGAAGCCGAAGAGCGAGGCAAAAGAUUGAGACGGGAAGAAGAGAAGGUCAGACAAUUGAACAGCAAUGGUCGCGUUGAUUAUGCUAUCCAGGAGGGGGCGUUCGACAUCAAUCUGAUCGCGGCUAUCGCGAGUCACUUGUCGUACUGGAGCGACGAGGACGUCAGCCACUUCAUUAUCUCGCAACUGCUGAGCCGGCAUCGCGUUGUGCGACCAUCUGCUGGGACCGACGGAAACCCCAACCCGCCGAGGCCGAAGUGAAGGCCGCAGGCCUCACGCUUUGAUAUGACUCUAGUCGCCCUGAAAGUCCCUACGCCAUACCGACAGUCAUCAUUCGAUGAGUCAGGCGAUGUGGGAAGUCCAGCUUCGCAGUUGUCUCCGAGAGGGUUACAGCGCAGAGCUGACCU